AUGAGUUCCAUAAUAACGUUGGCUCAUGUGUAUACAAUCUUCAUUUUGGUUACAUUGGGAUCGGUCAUUCAUUUAGAAGCUCAACUUCAAGUUGGCUUCUAUUUGAACUCAUGCUCGGUGGUUGAGCUCAUUAUCAAAGAGGAGGUUGUUAAAGCGUACUUUCAAGAGAAGGGUCUUGCCGCCGGUCUAAUUAGACUUCAUUUCCAUGAUUGUUUUGUCAGGGGUUGUGAUGGAUCUGUUUUGAUAGAUUCAACUCCUUCAAAUAAGGCGGAAAAAGAAUUUCCAGUAGAAAAUCCAAAUUCUCGUGGAUUCGAUAUCAUUGAUAAUGCGAAAACUAGACUUGAAGCUUUAUGUCCAGGAGUUGUUUCUUGUGCUGAUAUACUUGCAUUCGCAGCCAGAGAUAGCGUCCAAAUAAGUGGGGGACUUUGGUAUGAAGUCCCAGCUGGGAGAAGAGAUGGCAGAGUUUCACUGCUUGCGGAGACUUCAGCAUUGCCUCCUGCAACAGCAGAUCUCAACCAGCUUACUCAGAUGUUCUCGAGCCAUGGAUUGACGCAAGAAGAAAUGGUUACCCUUUCUGGUGCGCAUACCAUUGGCAGAGCACAUUGUACCUCCUUUGCUAGCAGACUUUACACCUUCAACUCCUCAGUAAACCAGGACCCUAGUUUGGACCCAUUGUAUGCUAGCAAGUUAAAGCAGGAAUGCCCCCAGGGUAGCAAAGAUUUGAGUCUUGUGGUACCAACGAACCCCAGUUCACCAGCCAUUUUUGACACAGGAUACUAUGUCGACGUCUUGAAUAAUAGAGGCCUGUUCACUUCAGACCAUUCUCUACUCACAAGUGCAUCAACAGCAAACCAAGUACACCAGAAUGCUAUGAACCCAUUUCUUUGGAAGAGUAAAUUUGCACAAACAAUGGUUAAGAUGGGUAAGAUCGAUGUUUUGACAGGUCAUCAAGGAGAAAUACGAUCAAAGUGCCGAGUGAUCAACAAAUAAAGGAACAAUGAAUCAUGCAUAUAAGUCAAAUAUUAACUUCAUUGUAAGCUUAUUACCCUUUUUAUAUGUAAAAGUGUCUUGCAGAAUAAUCAAGAAAAUCUUGAAUUAUGCACAAAAGAAUUAAGUCGCAA